AUGGAGGUGAAGGUGCGGAGGAGAAGAAAUGAGUGUCAAGAGAAAGACUUCAGACGCUUGGCCAGACAGAACAAACCCUUUAAGGACGGUCAGUACAGAGAGAGCGGCGAGGAGAGAGAGAGCGGCGAGGAGAGAGAGAACGGCGAGGAGAGAGAGAACAGCGAGGAGACAGAGAACGGCGAGGAGAGAGAGAGCGGCGAAGAGACAGAAAACGGCGAGGAGAGAGAGAUCAGCGGGGAGACAGAGAACGGCGAGGAGACAGAGAACGGCGAGGAGACAGAGAACGGCGAGGAGAGAGAGAACGGCGAGGAGAGAGAGAUCAGCGGGGAGACAGAGAACGGCGAGGAGAGAGAGAACGGCGAGGAGAGAGAGAACGGCGAGGAGACAGAGAACGGCGAGGAGACAGAGAACGGCGAGGAGCGAGAGACAACGAUUUUAUUUAUUUAUUGUUUAUUUGGUUGGCACAAUACAUGUUCAUGA